CACGACACGGGCUGCCCGAACGGUUGGGUCGGCCCGGGGUGCUCCUUAAAUCCGACGCAGGCCGGUAGUGUCGUCUUCAACUUUUUCGUUCUGCCAUUUAUAAAAAAAAACAAUUGUUACGCUUCGCCUUUCCUGCUUAACUUUCGAAAACGAAAUCCCCUGCUUCUCUUCGACGUGUUGGUGCGAGUGUCAGUUUAUGUAUAAAGGACCGAAGUGAACUUUCGUCGCUGGAUCAUCCUCUUCAACACGUGAAGCUAUGGUCCUGCGCUACGCUCCCGACUUUUGUGCGUUUGAUGAUGACUCGAAAAUCCUCGCUCACACUGAUCAGCACUGCCCCUCCAGUAAUUGCUCGGACUCCUCUGUGGAUAAUCACUUGGCUCGGUGUUGACACUGCAUCGCACUUGUCCCGUGCCAGCUAAUGUGGGUGUGAAGAGUGUUACCAGACGACGACGGGCCAGAAAAACGCUGUCAUUGAGAAGAGGAGAGUUGACUGCAGUGACCUCUUGUAAUGUUUCCCGUUUCUUUAGCGACUGCUCAAUUCGUGCGCGUAAAACGAACAGCGCCUUCUUUCGUUAUUUAAACCAUCUAUUACGAACCGAGGACUUGCGACCACGACAAGAUUCGAGCUGGAAGCCGUUUCGCUACAGCGCCCCGACAUCUCUUCCACGCAACAAUAUCAAAUCGCAGCGGUAGGAGACGUCGACAACACGGCCACGAUGAAGGGGCUUGCGAAGACCGCUGCGAGACAGGUCCGGUCGCCUUCCGAGGCCAGAGGAGCAUGAUCCCACCGCAGCCGGCGUCUUCCCUGGCGCAUACGGACGCUACCACCAACAUGGCUUCCGCCGACGAAGACGACACGGGUCUGCCCGUCGACGACCCCCUGGUGACGCUAAACGCGUCAGUGGCCGCCGAGAUGCUCCUCCUGGCGCUGGGCCCAAAGCGCGACCCGCUGACCACGGUUAUCCCAAUGACGCUCAUCUACUCCGUCCUGCUCGUCUCCGGAGUGGUCGGCAACGUCUGCACGUGCAUCGUCAUCGCGCGCAACCGAUACAUGCACACGGCGACCAACUACUACCUCUUCAGCUUGGCCGUCUCCGACCUCCUUCUCCUGGUGCUCGGGCUACCGCAAGAACUGUACCAACUUUGGCAGCGGCACCCGUACGUGUUCGGGGAGGCCUUCUGCGUGCUCCGAGGCCUGACCUCGGAGACCUCGACCAACGCGUCCAUUCUGACCAUCACGGCGUUCACCAUCGAACGCUACGUGGCCAUCUGCCACCCGCUCCGGGCCCACACCAUGUCCAAGCUGUCCCGGGCCGUCAAGUUCGUCGUGGCCAUCUGGAUCCUGAGCGCCGUGUGCGCCGUCCCGCUCGCGGUCCAGUUCGGCAUCGUCCACCAGACGCUGGACGGCACCACGGUGCUGCCGGAGACGGCGGCGUGCACGGUCAAGGACCCGCUGGAGCACGCCUUCGAACUGUCCACGUUCGUGUUCUUCCUGCUGCCCAUGAGCGUCAUCCUGGUGCUGUACGUCUGCAUAGCGCUGCAGCUGAAGCGCUCCGACGCCCUCUCGCGCCAGGACGUGCACCACAAGUGCCCGAGCACGAACAACACCGGCAGCAGCGUCGUCAAUGGCAAGGGCGGCGCCGACUCCUCCUCAGGACACAAGCAGGGCUCGGCCGCGGUGCAGCCGCUGCCCAGCAAGCUGCAGAGGGGCUGCCAGCUGAGGAAGUCGGUGCGCGGAGGGGCGGCCGCGUCGUCGUCCCGCAAGGCGGUCAUCAACAUGCUGAUCGCCGUGGUGGUGGCGUUCUUCAUCUGCUGGGCCCCGUUCCACGCCCAGCGCCUGAUGGCCGUCUACGCCAAGGUGCCCACGCCGGCGCUCGAGAUCGCCUUCAACCUGCUCACGUACGUCUCGGGCGUCACGUACUACGUGAGCGCCACCAUCAACCCCAUCCUGUACAGCAUCAUGUCGCUCAAGUUCCGCCAGGCCUUCCGGGACACGCUGAUGCGCUGCUGCGGCCGCCACCGGGCCACGCGCCACGAAUGGAACUCUGCCGAGUGCUACGUCUCGAACCACCAGCUUCACACGACACCUUCGACUGUGUGAAGGCCGACCUUCGCUGCCAAGGAUGGCAUCCUCCUAUUUUUUCUCAAGACUGUGUGCAUUGUGUCUGUGCCUGUGGGAAUGACUUGCGCGAAUGACAUAUGAACAAACUUCUUGGACCUCUGGCCACAUAGAAGUGACAGCGGUUAACGUGUGCCAGCUGUCAACGUUGACUCUCUGAACGAAGCAACUGAAACGAACUCCUUUUGGCUUGACCAUUACAACAAAGGUAGUAAACCGGCGAGGCUUAGUGAGAGCUACUCUGAAGGCGAACGCAGUGCGUGCAAAGUUGGCUAAAUUAGGCGAACCCAAAUAUAAAUUCCAACAAAAUCAUGCCUUGAUUCAAAGAGGCGGCCAGUGUUACCAGAAAGGCCUGUACUAUUGCUCAGUGAAAUUUGUUCGAGGAUUGGUGUCGCUCGUUGUGGGUAUAGGCUUUUUCAAAACAGGAUACGUUCUAUGCGGUAAUCAUACGCUGGAGUGAACACCUUGGGCGUAAAUUAGAGCCGAGCUUCUCAAUGACUUAGUCAUGUAAAUUGUAGUGCGAUUAAUCCGAGGGAGUAGCCGAACAAAUGCGUAAAACAUAUUCCGACACAUCUACUACAUAAAGAGGACACCUUGUUCCUGGCCUUGAAAAAAUCUUUGCUCUUAUACUUGUCAUGGCAAUUUGUCCUAACGAUGUACUGUUCGCUUAGGCUGCAUCACACAAAAAAAUGUAUUUCCGGCAAAGCUGAAAAAUUAGCAUUUAAAAAAAUGUUUUUACCUUAGCUUAUUCAUUUGCACUAACCCUUAUUCAUCAAGUAAUACAUGCUCAAUCCUAACACUAAGAAAAUAACUCAUCGCUGAAUAUAUUUAUUCCACUCGGCUCACAUCACGAAAGGUAUGCUCUUGCGCACCUGUACUGGCUACUAUAAAAUCCUUUUGUUCUCUUACUUUCCGUACAUCAGCCGUGCGAAAUGACCAGUUUCCUUGUACAAGCAAAACGCUUUCGCAGCCUUCCUCUCUGGCACACGAGUGCUGUUCGACAUGGCGGGCUGCGUACGACACAGCCUAACCUAACGGUCACGCUAGAUGAUGCUCUGGACAUCAAAUCAAAAGAAAACCUGAAUACAAGAACAGGGCCCCAGGUGAAGUUCCUGUGCAAAACGUUACCUUUUGUUGACAGUACAUCACGACGGCUGUCUUCAUACAAACCCAGGUAAUAUAGGAUAAUACAAACCAAUAGUGAAGUAAAAAAACAUUGCGAUAGUUAACUGAUCCUUAGGUUUUAAAGCAUUCGAGUUGGCUUGGCAGAUGCUUCCUUAUUUCUUGUCAAAGGAAUGCCGUGCGAUCUUGCAGAUGAAUGUAUAUAAGACUACUCACUUCAGGGCAUAGCGUGCGCUAAAAGUUCAUUGAAAUAAUGGCACCUAGUGUGCCACGUCAUUCAAACAAAAUGAGCAGCAGCUUAUGACGUUGCGCGCGGCGUCGCAGUCAGGGGUGUAAUAUUUCUGGGAAUGCACGGUCGAAAGCAAGCAAACGGCCAUCCGAUCAAGGUUUCGAAAUGUCAGAAAUACCUGUCUGGCGAUUUCAAUGCAUCAUAAUUUGUCGUGUGCAAAGCAGCAUCAAUAAAAGGCGUUGGAACGAAAACUUCGCUGAGGUGGCAUAAGGGCGGCCCUACUGUGUCGCGCAUGUUUUGGUUGCAAUUUUUUUUCUGGUAACGUGGAUUAGACGGAGUUGAUGGUGGCUCACUUGAAUGAUGAUCCGCGCCCGACUUCAUAGCACUCAAUAACGCUACCUGAAGAGCCGCAUCGUGACGUUCCAUGUAGGGUGACCCAGGACUGCCGCGCGGCCGCUUUACUGAUCCUAUCACCAUUAAGCUGGAGCAACGACAGCCCCAAACAUACGUUACAUGAGGAUGUCGCGCUCAAAGUAACUGCACAGUCAUCUAAGAACGAAAAACCUUCCAGUGUAAUUCGAUAUGGCUGUUUUUUGUGACACGGCGCGAGUAUGUGGCAUUAUCAAAACAGCAGCUUGGACGAAUGCUAAUCAGCAGUCUUAUAUUUUUUUUAAAAAAAGAACCUUUCAACACUUUCAACAGCUUUUCCUACGGCCUCAUAUUGCCUACCCAUGACUUCCUCUUUUGGUAUUGUAAAAACGUUUGACAAAGCAUAGACAUACAUAUUUCAGUGCUCGGAACGCCCUCUCUACUGGUCAUUAGCGGCGACGGUGCUCCUCUAAGUGUUCUCACCUAUUUGCUCAUGAAUGUACUUUGUUUAUUUCCACGUUGAAAAAAAAAGCUGCAAGAGGGGGUUUUUGUAUUCUCUCUUGGCUGACCCACAUGUGCUCUUCUUAAGUACAUUAAAGGGAUAUUACAGAAAGGCCGAAACAUGAGAUUGAGUUCGAACAAUGUGCUUUUGAGAACUCACAAACAAUAUUACGAAAGGAAACUAAGAAUGACACGAUUAACUCAUACCACGUGUCCCAGCUAGCCAAACUGUUCAACGAAAAUAAAUAGUUUAAAAAG